AUGAAAAUCCACCAUAUGGUUGUUCUGCUUCUCCUGCUUGAGCUCUGCCAAAAUGCUGCUCUGAGCAUCAACAGCACCUGCCCUGCACUGUGCCAGUGUUUCUCUGCAACAACUAUUAUCUGCUCAGAAUCACUAAUGAGAACUUUGCCAGUGGACAUCCCCUCACAGGCGACAGCUCUGAUCGUGUUAGCAUCUGGUCUGAGAAAGAUCACCAUUCUGGAGCAUCUGGGAAACCUGACUAAACUCGUAUUCUUGAGUAACCCAGUGCAGAAUGUCUCAUAUGACGCCUUUAAAGGUCUGACAAGUCUAGAGGAGCUGGAGAUUAGUGGGAGUUAUUUGUUGUUCUUAGAAGCUGGGACAUUUAAUAGCUUGAACAAGCUCACCAAGCUUCUUCUCAACAACAACAAGAUAAGGCUUUUAGCACCAAGCAUUUUCGACUCUCUGGAGAAGCUUGAGACACUUCAGCUGAGCGGAAACAGUCUCACAAGUCUCCACAAGGCUCUGUUCAACAACCUCUACAACCUCCAAGAGCUCAAUCUGUCCUUCAACAAGCUUUCAAAAAUACACACGAGUAAGUUGGGCAAGCUGAAGAAGUUGGAUUUAGGUUUGAACCAGUUCACCUUUCUGCCUCUGGACACCUUCAGUGGAAACCCUCAGCUGCAAAUCCUGUCCCUGCAGGGUAACCAGAUCACCAAAAUCACUCCGGGCAUCUUCAGCCAACUGAACAACUUGGAGGAACUGAAUUUCCGAGAUAACAAAAUAACAUUGCUGAGUGCUGGACUAUUCCCUUCCAAGCUGAAGAAGCUCAUGCUCAGGGGGAACUCUCUGAUAGAACUAUCCUCCUCUGCAUUUGCUGGCCUUCACAAUCUCACUCAUCUGGACUUAUCUCAAAACCUGCUAUCUUCUCUACCUGCAGAACUUUUCCAGAACCUUUCCUCUUUAGAGCAUCUGGACUUGUCUGAGAAUGUCCUCCAGGAGUUAGCCAGCACUGUGUUCAGUGGACUGGUCCAAAUCAGUGUCCUUGAUUUGCAGAAGAACAACCUAUCCUCGCUAGAAGCAGACCUUUUCAAAGAUCAGGGAAUGAUGUCACGUCUCAGAUUGGCCAGGAACAGACUGGAGAACCUGCCAUAUGGCAUUUUCGAGCCGUUAGACUUCCAGUGUUUGUUGCAGCUUUAUGGUAACCCCUGGCGCUGCGAUUGCAACCUAGUGCACGUUUAUGAGUGGUUGUCCUCCUACAGCAACAUGGUGGAGGAUUUGAGCAAGGUGUACUGCACUAAUCCCAAGCCUCUCAGGGGAAUGGGUCUGACCAGCCUGGACAAGGAGCAGCUUGUCUGCGUAAACAGAUCUAUCUCUGAGGCACAAAGUACCCAGGUCACCAGCCCUAACUCUGACAGACAGUGCAGUCUCCAAGAAGCCAGUGGCAACGUUGUUAUUUGGUGCAAGCUCAUUAAGUGUACUGAUAUAAAGCCAGAUGUGUAG